AUGGAAGACAUAAAUUUUGAGAAUUUUGAUUCUUUCAAGAAUGUUCAUGUGAACUCUCAAUUGAAGUCUCUGCGUUUGGCUGGCAAUUCCUUCAUAAAUGAUGAAAGCAUCAUAAUGUUAGUCUCCAUUUUUCCCAAUUUGCAGCUGCUUGAUUUGACUGAUUGCAAUGAUAUAUAUGAAAAAGGUAUUUGUCACGUUUUAAGUAGAUGUUGUAAGAUUAGACAUUUGAACUUGAGCUACUGUCGUGAAAUAAGGCUACGUGAAAUGAACUUUGUAGUUCCUCAGUUGGAGGUGUUGAACUUGUCAUUUACAAAAGUUGAUGAUAAAACACUCUAUGAGGUCUCAAAGAGUUGUUAUGGACUUUUGCAACUAAAAUUGGCAUAUUGUCAUUAUAUCACAGAAAAGGGAAUGAUACACGUGGUUGAAAACUGCACACAACUUAAGGAGAUCGAUUUGAGAAAUUGUAAUAAAGUGGAGGCUGAUAUCGUUGUCUCGGAGGUUUUAUCAAGGUCAUCUUUAAAACAAAGGAAACUCUUGUCGCGUGAUGAGCAUAUUUUUUUCUCGUAA